CCCGAGUGGAACACUAACAUAUCUACAGUGUGGUUCUGAGCCCGAGUGGAACACUAACAUAUCUACAGUGUGGUUCUGAGCCCGAGUGGAACACUAACAUAUCUACAGUGUGGUUCUGAGCCCGAGUGGAACACUAACAUAUCUACAGUGUGGUUCUGAGCCCGAGUGGAACACUAACAUAUCUACAGUGUGGUUCUGAGCCCGAGGGGAACACUAACAUAUCUACAGUGUGGUUCUGAGCCCGAGUGGAACAGUAACAUAUCUACAGUGUGGUUCUGAGCCCGAGUGGAACACUAACAUAUCUACAGUGUGGUUCUGAGCCCGAGUGGAACACUAACAUAUCUACAGUGUGGUUCUGAGCCCGAGUGGAACACUAACAUAUCUACAGUGUGGUUCUGAGCCCGAGUGGAACACUAACAUAUCUACAGUGUGGUUCUGAGCCCGAGUGGAACACUAACAUAUCUACAGUGUGGUUCUGAGCCCGAGUGGAACACUAACAUAUCUACAGUGUGGUUCUGAGCCCGAGUGGAACAGUAACAUAUCUACAGUGUGGUUCUGAGCCCGAGUGGAACACUAACAUAUCUACAGUGUGGUUCUGAGCCCGAGUGGAACACUAACAUAUCUACAGUGUGGUUCUGGUUCUGUAGCUCCAGGGACAUGUUGUUGUUGUUGUUGUUGUUGUCCUUUGUUUGUUUGAUGACAGUCAGUUGUUGAUUGCAUGCAGACGUUGAUACAGCUGUCUCAGCUGAUGGAUAUCACACUCAUUCAGAACCACUUUGACAUGUUGGUGUUCGGACCUUUGCUUGAAGACAUUUUCUCUAACUGGACCUGGUUGAAUUUGAGUUGAAUACCCCUGGCCUCGGCCAUCUUUAUGUAGAGCAACAGCUCUUUCUUUCAGAUCCUCAGAGAGUUCUUUGCCAUGUGGUGCCAUGUUGAACUUCCAGUGACCAGUAUGAGAGAGUGAGAGCGAAACACCAGAUGAUACACACCUGCUCCCCAUCACACCUGAGACCUUAACGAGUCACAUGACACCGGGGAGGAGAAAUGGCUAAUUGGGCCCAAUUUAGCCAUUCUCACUUAGGGUGUACUCACCUUGUUGCAGCGGGUUAGACAUUAAUGGCUGUGUUGAGUUAUUUUGAGGGCUCAGCAAAUGUACCCUGUUAUCCCAGCUGUACACUGACUACUCUACACUGGAUCAGAGGGUCAUCUCUUCAGGGUGGUCCCAGGAGAAGAUAUAAUAACAUAUUGGUGACCCAUGUGAAGGAGCUGCUGGACAGCUACACCCCCGGGAAGGAGAACUUGGGCGAGACGUCUUCAGACCUGAAGAUCCGUCUGAAGCUCUGCUCCCGGGACAAGCCCAACUUCUACACCCUGUGCAAGAAGAACCGCCGUCGCCGGGGUGGGGGUGGCCGGGCUGCCCGCCGAGGCCCCACCCCCUCAGAGGAUGAGGGGGUGGGGCGGCACAUCUGCAGCCAGUGUGGGAAGCGCUUCAGCCACGCAUCCAGCCUGGCCCGGCACCAGCAGACCCACCGGGGCGGGGGUAAGCUGCAGCACCAGAAGUUGCCCCCCCCCGCCGGCAGGAGUAAGACCUUCACCUGCGCCGCCUGCAGCAAGACCUUCAUGCACUCCAGCAGCUUCUCCCGCCACAAGAAGGCGCAUCUGGAGGAGGAGCAGCGCCACGCCGCCGCCCGCCGCAGGAAGAGGCCAGCGCUGGACGAGACGGCCCCACUGGAGUCAGACUCAGAGUGACCCCCCCCCCCCCCCCCCCGGGUCCUGCAGGGUCAGGGUUCAGAACUGGACCUGCUUCUCUGGUGUACAUAACAGCAGGACAUCCAUAUAUGGUCAUGUGACUUUUCCUUAUAUGGUCAUAAUGACGGCUCGCUCUUACGGAUGGGAUAGUUUAAAGUGUCGCCCCCCCCCAUGGCCCCAUCCCCCCUGUCUGUCAGGUUGCACAGCGACCUGUUCUUCACACUCCAUUUUCCAUCAGCCACCUGGGCUGACCCUGAGCACGCAGAGCAUUGUGGGAAAAUAAGUCUGAUAGAGCAGGGAGCAUGGGAAGUCAGCAGGUAAAUUAAAAACUACAAGCCCCGCCCCCUGCUGCUGCAAUCCAAUCAGAGCGUCUCUCCUGAAAUCCUAUUGGUCCUCGAGGAUCCCCUCUAUUAUUUAUUUUGUAUUCCCUUUUAUUUCUCGGGCUCUGUUCGCACAGAUUAUUAUUUCUCAUCCAAUAAUAACAAUAAUAAUAUGAAAUUAUCAUUUUAUUACCAAAGUUGUUAGUUAUUAUUAUAAUAAAUAAUAUUAUCUUUGUUACUAAUCUCUCUGACAUCAUCGCGCAGAGGGAUUUUGAUUGGUACAGAGAUACAACGCUCUGAUUGGUUCCCUGUUUAAAGCUUUGACGAUCUCAUUGGUUCUCCACGUUAAUGUUUGCAUGAAGACUCCCCCGCAGCUUGUCGGCCAUAUUUGUAGUUUUUAAACGAGGUCAAAGGAAAUUGCACUUCUCAUUGAUGAAUUUGGAACAGUGUUGUAAAGUUUAAAUAUUUAAAUGUGACCCCCCCAUCAUCAGACAGGAAACAACUCCAGCAGACAGCUUUUCAAAGUAAAAGCCUCCAAAAUAAUUUAUUAUAAGAAUCUUGUAAACAGAAAAAACUCUUAAUUAAAAAAAACAACCCAGAUAUUUAGAUUUUAACAAAUUGUGUGGAAAGGUUAAUGUGACAUUAGAGAUGCUGAUUAGACUAAAUUAAUAUUUAUUAUCUGAAAAAUAAAAGCAAGUAAUGUGAGAACCUCAGCGCCUGGAGACAACUGCAGAACAUCUGGAGAACAACUGCAGAACAUCUGGAGAAAAUCUGCAGAACUUCUGGAGAACAACUGCAGAACAUCUGCAGAACUUCUGGAGAACAUGUUUUUCCAGAGACUUGAUGAUGCUGACAGAACCCCCCCUCACCCGCUGCACUUCCUGUUCCUGCAGACUCUGUGAGAAUCUCUUGUGUGUGAACUGGAUUAUUUUAAUUUAAUGUGACAUAUUUAUAACUAGUGUGUAGGACAGCAGAAACACCAGAGAAGAACCCCCCCCCCCCCGGGGUUUAUGAUCCUCACAGUUAAAGCUUUGUCCCCCCCUCGUUGUGUUUCCUUGGUUCUCCUGCUGAUAGAGCGUUCGUCGUGGUUCGUGUUUUGCCGAUAGUUGAACACCCGUUGACAUGUUUUGUCUUGCGUUUUGUAAUAAACCUUCAAAAUAAAAGUCUGUGUUUCCUG